AUGCCGCCCGCGACGGCAGCCACCAGGGUCACCCUCCGGGAGCUGGCCGACCUCGCCAUCGGCACCCCGGAGGUGGGCGCCGUCAACUUCACGGCCCUGCACACGCUCAUCGUGGCCAUGCUCAAGUACCUCAACCUGCAGGAGACGCGGAUCGACUUCCAGGCCCCGUCGCCCGAGCAGAGCCGCUCCCUCGAGGCCCCCCGGGCCUCGCUCAGCGCCCCGCAGCUGCCUGCGCCCAGAGAAAGGCGGCGGAGCGGCGCGGGCAGGACGCCUCCGGCGCUGGAGGGCCAAGUGCAGGACCUGGGCGUGCAGGUCCAGGACCUCAGCAGGCAGCUCAAGACCAUGGGGAGCCAGGUGCAAAGCAUCGCGGCCCACGUGCAGCACCUCACCGCCCAGGCCGGCGGGCUCGACGCGGACAGCCCGAGGUGGCUGGAGGAGAAGGCGAUGGCCAUGCUGAUGCCCGAGAAGGCGCAAAUGGGGUCGAUGAAAAUCAAGAAGGACAGCGACGCCGUCAGCGUCCCCCGGAAACUCUUCCAACGGAUUGAAGAACUAGAGAAGCUAGUCAGAGACCGGGAAGAAUUCCUGGAACUAGUGAGCCGGAAGCUGAGUUUGAUGCCUGUUGCAGAAGAAGUCACCAUGGUCACCUGGGAGGAGCUGGAGCAAGCGAUUACUGACGGCUGGAAGGCCUUACAAGCGGGUGCAGAGUCAGUAAUGGGACUUUCUAAGCGCAAAGGGCAGACUCCCUUAACAUCGAGCAGUAUGAUUCCAAUUGGAGCCUCCACCAAGCAUCCAAGUGCUGACCAGCCUCUGGAAUCUGCCAGUGGUUUGGGCCCAAAGCAGACUUUAUCAGGAACCAGUGGCACAGGACACCCCUCUGAAGGGGUGAUUAGCAGAGAACGAAGCAGAGGUGCCUCUGCUACUGGGUUUCCUGGAAGAGAACAGCACCCAAGGGCCCGUGAUGAAGCCGGCCUGGCAAAAGCCCAUCGCCCCUCUGUGUCCCAAUUCAGAGUCGAGUCAGAUCGUCAUAGGGCUAGAGAGCGGCAGAGCUUAGCACAUCUAAGAAGAGAUGAACAAGAUGCACACCCUGGCCCAGUUCAACCAGACUUACCCUCGGCCACCUCUGCCAGAGAUUGGCAUCAUCAUGUGUACCCAGAUCAGCAUGGGGGAGUGUACGUUAGCCAGGGUCAAGUCUAUCCAAGUCCAGAUCAGCAUGGAUUAGGACUACCUGGCAUGGAUCAGUUUGCAUUGCUACAUCCUAGCACUUAUCACCCACAUGGCGUAAUACCGCUCAGCAUGGGUCAGCUUGGUGUGAUGCCACCUGGAAUGGAUAAGCAGGAAUUGGUGCUACCUGGCAUGGAUCAGCAAGGGUUUGAACCACCCAGGAUAGAUCAGCCUGGUAUGGUUCCACUUAGCACAUAUCAGCAUGGUGUGAUACUUCCUGGCACAGACCAACGUGGUAUGGAACAGCCUGGCAUGGAUGAGAGUGUAAUGGGACCACUUGGCAUGGAUCAGCACGGAUUGGUGCCUCUUGGCAUGGAUCAGCAAGGAUUGGUACUGCCUGGCAUGGAUCAGCAUGGAUUGGUACCUCUUGGCAUAGAUCAACAUGGAUUGGUUCCACCUCUUACAGAUCAGCAUGGUUUGCUAUCACCUGGUUUGAUGCAAGUUGCUGCAGAUCAGCAAGGUUUUGUACAGCCCAGUUUGGAAACAUCUGGCUUCAUACAACCUGGCGCAGAGCAGCAUAAUGUGAUCCAGCCUGGCGCAGGUCAGCCUGCUUUGGUCCGGCCUGGCGCAGGUCAGCCUGCUUUGGUCCGGCCUGGCGCAGGUCAGCCUGGUUUGGCCGGGCCUGGCGCAGGUCAGCCUGGUUUGGCCGGGCCUGGCGCAGGUCAGCCUGGUUUGGCCGGGCCUGGCGCAGGUCAGCCUGGUUUGGUGCGGCCUGGCGCAGGUCAGCCUGGUUUGGUGCGGCCUGGCUCAGGUCAGCCUGGUUUGGUGCGGCCUGGAGCAGGUCAGCCUGCUGUGGUCCAGCCUGGAGCAGGUCAGCCUGCUUUGGUCCAGCCUGGAGCAGGUCAGCCUGCUGUGGUCCAGCCUGGUGCAGGUCAGCCUGCUGUGGUCCAGCCUGGAGCAGGUCAGCCUGCUGUGGUCCAGCCUGGUGCAGGUCAGCCUGCUGUGGUCCAGCCUGGAGCAGGUCAGCCUGCUGUGGUCCAGCCUGGUGCAGAUCAGCCUGGUUUGGUGCAGCCUGGAAUGGAUCAGCAUGGUCUGGUCCAACCUGGUGCAGGUCAGCCUAGUUUGGUGCAGCCUGGAAUGGAUCAGCGUGGUUUGGUCCAACCUGGAAUGUAUCAGCAAGGUUUGGUCCAACCUGGAAUGUAUCAGCGAGGUGUAGUCCAACCUGGAAUGUAUCCACGAAGUGUGGUCCAACCUGGAAUGUAUCAGCGAGGUGUGGUCCAACCUGGAAUGUAUCAGCGGGGUUUGAUACAACCUGGAAUGGUUCAGCAUGGUUUGGUGCAUCCUGACAAAGGUCAGCCUGGUUUGCUGCAACCUGUUGCAGGUCAGCCUGGUUUGGUCCAGCCUGGAAUGGAUCAGCAUGGUUUGGUCCAACCCAGUGCAGGUCAGCCUGGUUUGGUCCAGCCUGGAAUGGAUCAGCAUGGUUUGGUCCAACCCAGUGCAGGUCAGCCUGGUUUGGUGCAGCCUGGCGCAAGUCAGCCUGGUUUGGUGCAGCCUGGCGCAGGUCAGCCUGGUUUGGUGCAGCCUGGCGCAGGUCAGCCUGGUUUGGUGCAGCCUGGCUCAGGUCAGCCUGGUUUGGUGCAGCCUGAUGCAGGUCAGCCUGGUUUGGUCCAACCUGGUGCCUAUCCUCGUGGUUUGGUCCAGCCUGGUGCGUAUCCACGUGGUUUUGUGCAGCCUGGUGCUGAUCAGCGUAGUUUGGUUCAACCUGGAAUAGAUCAGCGUGGUUUGAGGCAACCUGGUACAGAUCAACAAGGCUUGAUACCACCAGGCACAGAGUUUCGUGGCUUUCCAACAUUCCAUGCAGACUCUCGAAGUUUUAUAUCACCACGCCCAUAUCAGCAUGGUGUGGUACCUCCUGGCAGAGAUCAACAUGGCCAGGUGUCACAACUCCUGGCCAAUCAAGAUUUGGCAUUGCCAGGUAUAGACCAAAAGGGUUUGGUACCACCAGAAACUUAUCAGCAAGGUGUGAUGCAUCCUGGCGCAGACCAGCCUAGCCCAACACCAUUAAGCACAGGUGUGGGAUCUGCACACCCAGAUCGACAGCAUUUGGUAUCUCCUGGCCCAGAUUCAGAUCAGCGUGACCAUGUAUACUCUAUCCCAGACUCCUAUGACUUAAUGUAUCCUGGCCCUCAUGGCCCAGGGUACCAGGGUGUAGAUCAGUAUGUCCAGGUAGAUGUGGAUCCAAAUCGAACAUAUGCCUCAAACCAACCAGGAGUCUCUAUCCAGGCUGCCCCAAGCCAAGAUGCCACCUUUGUCAGGAGUACAAACUCCCUUAACUAUCUCGACCGAGUCUCAUCAGAAAAGAGUGAUGUCCAGAGUGAGAGACAUGAUUCACUGGAUAAAUUGGCUCCUAGCUUCCCUAUGGCAGUGGAAACAUUUCGUCUGAUGGGAGAGCUCGUCGGCCUCUACGUAGAGCUAAAGGAGAACAUGAAGGAUCUGGAUGAGGAGGAAGCUGGCCAAACUGACUUAGAGAAGAUCCAGUAUCUGCUUGCAGUGAUGGUCAAAAAGACCAUACCCCCUGACCUGCAAGAACACCUGAAGACUUUGAAGACCUUGACCAAAGAAGUUCGGCAGGAAAAAGCGAAGCUGGAGAGGAUGCAAAAGGUCCUGGAGGGCGACGGGGAGCAAGAAAUAGGAAAGGAGAUGAAAACUAGCCAGCUGAGCUUGCAGCUGGGUAUCCUCAGAGUCACUGUGGCUGACAUUGAGAAGGAGCUGGCCGAGCUGAGGGAGAGCCAAGAGCGGGGCAAGGUCAGCAUGGAACAUUCAGUCUCUGAAGCCUCCCUUUACCUUCAGGAUCAGUUAGACAAGCUCAGGAUAAUCAUCGAGAGCAUGCUGACCUCAUCUUCCACGCUGCUGUCCAUGAGCAUGGCCCCUCACAAGGCCCCGACAACCUUGGCACCUGGCCAGAUUGACCCAGAGGCCACCUGCCCAGCCUGCAGCCUGGACCUGAGCCAUCAGGUCAGCACGCUAGUGCGGCGCUACGAGCAGCUCCAGGACAUGGUCAACAACCUGGCUGCCUCCCGGCCCUCCAAGAAAGCCAAGCUCCAGAGCCAGGAUGAAGAGCUGCUGGGCCAUGUCCAGCGUGCCAUCCUGCAGGUGCAGGGCGACUGCGAGAAGCUCAACAUCACCACCAGCAACCUCAUCGAGGACCAUCGGCAGAAGCAGAAGGACAUCGAUGUGUUGUACCAGGGUCUAGAGAAACUCAAGAAGGAAAAGGCUAACAGGGAACACCUGGAGAUGGAGAUUGACACAAAGGCUGACAAGAGUGCCCUGGCGGCCAAAGUGAGCCGUGUCCAGUUUGACGCCACCACAGAGCAGCUGAACCACAUGAUGCAGGAGCUGGUGGCCAAGAUGAGCGGGCAGGAGCAGGACUGGCAGAAGAUGCUGGACAAGCUCCUGGUAGAGAUGGACAGCAAGCUGGACCGCCUGGAGCUGGACCCUGUGAAGGAGUUACUGGAGGAUAGGUGGAAAUCCUUGCGACAGCAGCUGAAAGAGCGUUCUCCACUCUAUCAGGCGGAUGAGGCAGCCGCCAUGCGGAGGCAACUCUUGGCACAUUUCCACUGCCUCUCAUGUGACCGUCCCUUGGAGACACCUGUGACUGGACAAAUCAUCCCUGUGACUCCGGUGGGCCCAGGCCUGCCCGGGCACCGUUCCCUCCGCCCCUACACCAUCUUUGAACUGGAGCAGGUCCGGCAGCAGAGCCGCAACCUGAAGCUAGGCAGCGCCGCCUUCCCUCGGGGCAACCUGGCACAGAUGGAGCGGAGCGUGGGGCGCCUGCGUACCAUGCACUCCAAGAUGCUGAUGGACAUCGAGAAGGUGCAGAUCCACUUUGGAGGCUCGGUCAAGGCCAGCAGCCAGAUGAUCCGUGAGCUGCUGCAGGCCCAGUGCCUCAGCUCCCCCUGCUACAAACGGGUGCCCGAUGUGGCCGAUUACACCUACUCGACCGUGCCUCGGCGUUGCGGGGGCAGCCACACCCUCACCUACCCCUACCGCCGCAACCGCCUGCAGCAUCUGCCACAGGGCCUGUACCCCACCGAGGAGAUCCAGAUUGCCAUGAAGCAUGACGAGGUGGAUAUCUUGGGCCUGGAUGGACAUAUUUACAAGGGACGGAUGGAUACCAGGCUACCGGGCAUCCUGAACAAAGACACCUCAGGGGUUACAAAGCACAAGGCCAAGCAGUCCCGGCCCCACGUGCACCGGCAGCUGUCCCUUGGCGACAACAGCCAGCUGCCCUCACGGCCUCAGAGCGCUCAGAUGCUGGCGGGCAACAACUCAGCUCCUUCUCAUCAAUGGAAAGACAGACCUGUCUCCUCUGAGGGGCGCCUCUCCCAGCCGAAUCUGGCCCACCCGUCCAGCCCCAGCGAGAUGGCAAACCUACCGGCAGGGCUGGAGAUGCACAUGGACGUGCCUCCUGGAGAGGGGCUCGAGGAGCCCACCCGGGGGCCGCGGUCCACCUCUGCUCACUGAGCAGAGAUAUAAAUAAAUAUUUGGGAAGAAGCUUGGGGCGGCGAGGCUUCUCUGGUGCUGGCUCAGGAAGAUGGAGUGAGAGGGAGGGGCCUGCUGCAGGCCAGGGACCUCUAGACGCCCCCAGAUCCAGGUGGCAGACCUUCUCUUGGAGAGUGGGUCUGGCUUGUAGCCCGAGAAUUAGACCAGAGGCCCCCAAACAGAUUAAGCUGUUCUCCAAGGGUACUGGGGCUUCGGGAGAGCAGAACAUUGCACCCAGGGUGGGGAGGGGGCAACACAGGUCAGACCCCAGGCUCUGGGGACUGGUGGGCCUGGGUGGGGCCUGCUGUCACACCCCCACCAGCUCUGCCCUGACCUCAG